CGCAGUCAAUUAAGUCGAAAUUAGGAAAUUGCAUAAUGGUUGUGGGCGCUUUUCCACUGGGAAAACUCGCAUUGCUGGCCAUCAAGCACAUUAGCAAGCCCAUCGGAAAUCUGAUCAAGCGAACAGCCCAAAAUAAUCCGUCAUUUAAGAGCUUGGUUGUUUCUCCGCCAGCAAGAUUAUAUCACGUAAUCGAUGUGCGUUCGAAAAUGUGGAUGCUGGGAUUGGGACAACCACGUAUUAUUCCUCCCUUAACAGAUGCGAUGACAAUUCAAAUGGGCGGCGAUAUCCUGGGCGAGUUGGUCAUCUUUCUAAUUGGUGCUUCGCUCUUGAUAGGAGAGUUCUCAAGGCAAUCAAAGAACGACAGAAUAAAACACGAAAAGCACAAGAUUCAUACGGAGAAACUGGAGGAAAGAAUUUGUGACCUUACCAACAAGGUUUCCCGACAGGCCAAGGAAAUAAGUCAACUCAAGUCGAUGGUAGGACUCAGAGAAUACAACGAUCGGGGGGAUUCAGAAUGUUACUAA